GAGAGGCGAAGCGCAAACGGCCGCAGUCAGAAAGUGACCUUUUCCUGUUCUUAGUUCCCACUUAGUGUCAAUACCCAUUUCUCCAUGUACUUUAUUAUUCUCUGUAGCAGCUAGGGUUUUCUUGGGUUCAAAUGUGACGCAGAAUGGAACCUUCUGAAGCUGUUUUCGUCCCUAUUCACUGUGAAUCAUUGCCUUCUGGGUCUCAAUCUCUACAGUUUCAUGGCUCUGUUCAUGAUCCUGCACUAUUUGAUGCAUCGCAUGUGGCCGAUGAUGAUCGCAUCCAUGCAGAGCUUCAGAAAUUGGAUUUGAAGGAUGAGAAAGAGGCGGCGGUGAAGGAUUUUGACGGCGGCGGAGAAUGGGAAGUUGAGAAGAAUCCUGUUGAAGGUGAAGGAAAUUUGGAGGAGGAGGUGGUGGUGGUGGAUGCAGGCGACGGCGGUGAGGUGGAGAAGGAAGGGGAAAUGAGGGGUGGAAACAACCAGUACCCUGUACGGUCAGAGGCUGAGGAUUGUGCCUUUUACCUUAGGACUGGCACUUGCAAGUUUGGAUCAUUGUGUAAAUUCAAUCAUCCACUGCGAAAGAGACAUCAGGUUGUUUCUGAGAAAUUGAAGCACGAGAACGAUUCGGCCGAGCAGACGAGCAAGACCGAAUGCAAGUAUUACUCGAGGACCGGGGGUUGUAAAUUCGGAACAGCCUGUAGAUAUAACCACACGAGACCGAGAGCAUUGCCAAACCCAAUUCUCGAGCUUAACUUCCUUGGUUUGCCAAUCCGACUAAACGAAAAAGAAUGUCCCUAUUACAUGCGCACGGGAUGCUGCAAAUAUGGAGCGAAUUGCAAGUUUAAUCAUCCCGAUCCUACUACCGUUGCUGUACCGGAAUCGCUGUCGGGAUAUAACAAUGGAGUGUUGCUACAAGGUGGUGCAUCACAAUCACAGAUCACAUCCUGGACUUCACCAAGAGUGCUGAAUGAAACACCAACAUUUGUACCUGCUAUGAUUUCACCUUCUCAAGAUUCAGAAUGGAACGCAUACCAGGCUCCCAUGUAUCCAUCAGAAAUCAGCAUGCUUCCACCCCCAACGUAUGCCGUGAACAAUAUAGCAUCGGGGACGGAUCUUUAUCCUUCUCAUCAGCAAGUAGAAGAACAUCCCGAACGACCUGGUCAACCCGAAUGCAGCUACUUUCUAAAGACAGGGGAUUGUAAAUUUAAAUCUCUUUGCAUAUAUCACCACCCGAAAAAUUGGAACCUGAAGUUACCGACCUGCACGCUCAAUGACAAAGGCCUGCCUUUGAGACCUGAUCAGAACGUAUGCACGUAUUACAGUCGCUACGGCAUCUGUAAGUUCGGGCCGUCGUGCAAGUUCGAUCAUCCUAUGCUUCCAGCUUCUUCAACGAGCGAGCUUAAACAGCAGCCUCACUACAGCAACUUUAAUGCUGCAGAAGGGGCUGAAAUGGGCGGAGGGAGUGGAAAUGGCGUCACAGUUGAGCAGUCUGCAUAAGAAUUUUGUGCAGAGGCCCUAUGAAGGAACUUUCAUGGAGGAUUUGUUUGUUAAGAGGAUAUAAGGAUGCAUUCAACUCGUUUACCAUCGGGUUCUGCCAUAAGCUUUUCUAAUGAUGGCACUUAUUUUCUAGCUGAACAAAGAAAAAAUGUAAAUUAUACCUAAGUUUCUACACAAUGGCUAUAAUCUUGUAGCUAUAAGAUACAAUCUUAUCCAGACAUUUCAUAGAGCACAGAAGGAUCAAUGAGUUUUUGCUUCAAGUUGGCUGUU